GCCCGCCCCGCGCCUCCCGCCCGCUCGCCGGGGAGCCUCUGUCCCGGGCCUGGCCCGUGCGCGUCCGCCUGCUGAACCUGGGCACCGCCGGCCGCCUGGGCACGGGACUGGGCGGGAGCACUGACCUCGGCCUAGGAGGCCUGGGAUCCCCGAGCCGCCUGCGCCCGCGGGGGCCUGGAAGUCGCACGCCCUUCCCGAACCUGUGCCCCUCGCCGAUUCUCGGCGGUGCGAGGCCAGGUGCCCCCCUCUUUCCCUCCCUUCUUUCCCUCCCCCACUCCGGUGCCCGCUGGAGGUCCCGCCCGCCCGCCCCCUCCGGCAGGGGUGUAGCCGGCUGCGGAGCUGACACCGGCUCCGCGGCCACCCUGUCCAAACUCUCCGGAAGCGGCCCGAGCCGACCGGGUACUCAGGCCGUCGCAGCUCCGGCGGACCCACUGUUGGACCCGAGGCGCCGGCCCUCCUCCCGCGCCCAAACUUGGAGCACUUGACCUUUGGCUGUCUGAGGAGGCAGACUCACGGGUGGCUGGACAGCUGCGGCACCUCGAGGGCAUCUUGCCUGGGGUUCCAGGACCGUCAGCUGCACUCCCGGGCUCCCAGCUUUGCCUCUGGGAUCCUGAGGAGUCUACAUCAGGCGCAUGUUGACUGAGACCUGGAGUCAUGGAUGUGUGCGCCCGUCUUGCCCUGUGGCUCCUCUGGGGGCUUCUCCUGCAUCACGGCCAGAGCCUCAGCCAAAGCCACAGCGAGAAGACGACGGGAACCGGCUCGGGGGCCAGUUCUGAGGAGUCCACUGUAGCAGUCUCUAGGUCCAUCCACGUCUCUACAAAUGACCCAAUUUCGUUCCGUUUUAUAGAGUUCUGCCGGAUUGACAAGCCCCUGUGCCACAGUGAGGAUGAGAAGCUCAGCUUUGAUGCAGUCCGCAGCAUCCACAAGCUGAUGGACGAUGAUGCCAAUGGUGACGUGGAUGUGGAAGAAAGUGAUGAGUUCCUGAGGGAAGACCUCAAUUACCACGACCCAACGGUGAAACACAGCACCUUCCAUGGUGAGGAUAAGCUCAUCAGCGUAGAGGACUUGUGGAAGGCAUGGAAGUCUUCAGAAGUAUACAACUGGACCGUGGAUGAGGUGGUGCAGUGGCUGAUCACAUAUGUGGAGCUGCCUCAGUAUGAGGAGACCUUCCGGAAGCUGCAGCUCAGUGGCCAUGCCAUGCCGAGGCUCGCUGUAACCAACACCACCAUGACAGGGACUGUGCUAAAGAUGACAGACCGGAGCCAUCGGCAGAAGCUGCAGCUGAAGGCCCUGGACACAGUGCUCUUUGGGCCUCCUCUCUUGACCCGCCAUAAUCACCUCAAGGACUUCAUGCUUGUGGUGUCUAUCGUUAUUGGUGUGGGCGGCUGCUGGUUUGCUUAUAUCCAGAACCGUUACUCCAAGGAGCACAUGAAGAAGAUGAUGAAGGAUCUGGAGGGCUUACACCGAGCUGAGCAGAGUCUGCAUGACCUUCAGGAAAGGCUGCACAAAGCUCAGGAGGAGCACCGCACAGUGGAAGUGGAGAAGGUACACCUGGAGAAGAAGCUGCGUGAUGAGAUCAGCCUUGCCAAGCAGGAAGCCCAGCGGCUGAAGGAGCUGCGGGAGGGUACUGAGAAUGAACGGAGCCGCCAAAAAUAUGCUGAGGAGGAGUUGGAGCAGGUCCGGGAGGCCUUGAGGAAAGCAGAGAAGGAGCUGGAAUCACAUAGCUCAUGGUAUGCUCCAGAGGCCCUUCAGAAGUGGCUGCAGCUGACACACGAGGUGGAGGUACAGUACUACAACAUCAAGAAGCAAAAUGCCGAGAAGCAGCUGCUGGUGGCCAAGGAGGGGGCUGAGAAGAUAAAAAAGAAGAGAAACACACUCUUUGGCACCUUCCACGUGGCCCACAGCUCUUCCCUGGAUGAUGUGGAUCACAAAAUCUUAACAGCUAAGCAAGCUCUGAGCGAGGUGACGGCAGCACUGCGGGAACGCCUGCACCGCUGGCAACAGAUUGAGAUCCUCUGUGGCUUCCAGAUUGUCAAUAACCCUGGUGUCCACUCCCUGGUGGCUGCCCUCAACAUAGAUCCCAGCUGGAUGGGUAGUACGCGCCCCAACCCUGCCCACUUCAUCAUGACUGACGAUGUGGACGACAUGGAUGAGGAGAUUGUGUCACCCUUGUCCAUGCAGUCCCCCAGCCUGCAGAGCAGCAGCGUCCGGCAGCGCCUGACGGAACCACAGCAUGGCCUGGGAUCUCAGAGGUUGGUAGAGGGCGAGGCUGGCCGCUUCUUGACAAGCCGGGUCUCUCUGCGGCGAAUGCGCAGCCUUUCAUCUGGACAGUCUUUCAGUUCUGAAGGCCUCGGGACCAGCGCUCCAUCUGCCUCUGCUUCUUCUUCCUGCUCCUCUACCACCACCACCACUGCCACCACCUCCAGCACCAUCACCACCACCACCACCUCCAUCACCACCGUCCACAUCCACCCUGUUUAUUACCACCACAGCACUUCCUAUUUCCUCCAGAUGGAGCCCUACCCUGACCCACCCCCUUCUGACAGCACCGCUGUGAUGCCUUGGCAUUCAGAGACCUUGGGGGAUUUGACCCAUUCCGAUUCGGAGUCCUCCCUCCACAUGAGUGACCGCCAGCGUCUGGUCCUCAAGCCUCCUCAGAUGGUCCGUGCUGCAGAUGAGGCUCUCAGUGCCAUGACUUCCAACGGCAGCCACCGGCUGAUUGAGGGGGUCCAUCCCGCCUCUCUGGUGGAGAAACUGCCUGACAGCCCUGCCCUGGCCAAGAAGGCACUGCUGGCACUGAACCACGGGCUGGACAAGGCCCACAGCCUGAUGGAGCUGAGCUCCCCAGCCCCACCUAGUGGUUCUCCACAUUUGGAUUCUUCCCGUUCUCACAGCCCCAGUUCCCCAGACCCAGACACGCCGUCUCCAGCUGGGGACAGCAGAGCCCUGCAGUCUAGCCGAAAUACACGUAUUCCCCACCUGGCUGGCAAGAAGGCCGUGGCUGAGGAGGAUAAUGGCUCCAUUGGUGAGGAGACAGACUCCAGCCCAGGCCGGAAGAAGUUUCCCCUCAAAAUCUUUAAGAAGCCUCUUAAGAAGUAGGCAGGAUGAGGGUGGCAGUUGUGGGACAGCUUGUCCUCACCUGGUCUUCUGCCUCCCCUUCCCUCCCUUCCAACAUACCUGGCCCCCAGCAUGGGGCAUGGGAGGGGCUGGCCCUGGGGCCUGGGCACUGUACAUACUUGCCCCCCGUAUCCUUGGGUCCUUCAACAUUAUUUAUUAACUGACCACCAUGGCCUGCCUGCCCUGCCUCCCUCCCAACCAUGGGCUGCUGCUGUCACUCCCUCUCCACUUCAGUGCAUGUCUUAGUUGCUGCCCCCUCAGCUCUCAGUCCACCUCUGGGGUCCAGCUUCUGUCUCUGCUGUCCCAGUUUUGAGGUUUGGUUUCUUGUUUCUCUCUGUCUCCUGCUUUUGGACUCCCCCCCCCCCCGCCACUCCCCAACUUCCCCUAGAGGCUAGGGGGGAAGAGAGGGGCAGUAACUUCUGACACCUGUGCCUCAGAUCUCUUCCACCUCACCGACCAUGGUUCUGUUUGCCCCAGACUGGGGCCUAGGACCUAAUAUUUGCAGUUUGCUCUCUGGGAGUGUGGUGGGCCAGAGGGAACCUCGGCCUGGAGCUCACUGAGGCCUCCAGGGGUCCAUGGGGGAGCGAAACCAACUCCCAGAGGACAAGCCACUAGAGUUCUGAAGAGAGGCUAGGCUAGGGGAUAGAUCGGAAGAGACUUCUCCUAGUUGGAGGAUGAGUGGAAGCCAGAGGUGUGGGCUACAAAGCAGUCACCUUUUCUCUCUUCUCUCACUCACACCUGCCUCUCUCUUAUCCCCGCUCCCCCACCCUGCAGGAGGGUUUGUCUAUAAGAGGCGCUGCCCAAAUGCUCCCCAAGCCUCAUUACUCCUGAGGCUCAGGACAGUGGGCUCCCAUGGCCGUGGGAGCCUCAGCUAUGAUACAGGGCUCUAAUGGGGCCUUGGAGCUGCUGGGCAGGAUGUUGUCACAUUUGAACCAAAAGACAGUUUAAAGUUGAAAAAUGAAAUCUCCUGAAUUUCCCAAGUGCCUGCACUGCAUACUUGCCCUGUGAGACCCCAUUUUCAUGUUACUGCAUAUCCUGGGCCAGAGGCUCAAGAAGGACACAGCCGGUUUAGGGAAGGGGGUGGCUAAGGAAGAUGGUGUAGGUCAAGGUGGCUGUGUGACCACUCCCCCGCCCUUCCCACCCUCUAGACAACUCUCUCCCUUCCCUGUUUUUGCAAUGGCUGUAAAGGUAUUUUCCCUCUGCCCCACUCCCUGCCGUGUCUUUACUCUGGGAUCCUAUUUUGGGCCUGGGGUGGGGGCACCUGGGGCUGGUCUUGGGAGGGUGCUAGGCUGCAGACUGCCUUGUACCCCCUGGACACCCUCACAUGGGUUUUUCUGUGUUAUUUCAUAAGACUCUUUGAAGUCCAAUAAAGCAUGUAGGAGAUUUUAACCUCU